AAUUUGUUCUGAUUCAACAUAACUAGAUUAUGGCCAUGUCUAGAUAAGAUGUGCCAAGCUGUUGAUCUUCAAAUUGUGACCAUACUUGAAAAGAAUCAAAACCACAGAGGAAAGCAUCUCACAAAUCACAACUUUUCUUUUUCUUUUACCCACUUCAGAAGUUGCAGGUCUUAUUUGCCUUCUGUGGCCAACUGUUGACCUGUGAUCAAGGAAAAGAACAAUAAAUGCAUGUAUCAGGAUCUAUAUCAAUUACUGAAUGCUUCUAUAAAUUGAUCCCUUCUGCUUCAAAAGAUUCAUAACAGAAGACCAGAUUUCAAGAACCCAAAAAAAAAAUGGCAGGUUUGUACGACAAGCAGGCAGCCAUUUAUGCCGACGCCAGGCCAACCUUUCCAAGUCAAUGGUUUUCCAUGCUGGCUGCUCUCACCCCUCACCACUCUUUAGCUUGGGAUGCCGGCACCGGCAACGGUCAGGCAGCUAUCAGCGUGGCAGAGCACUAUGAUCAAGUGAUUGCAACUGAUAUAAGUGAAGAGCAAUUAAAGCAUGGUAUAAAUCACCCUCGGGUUCGAUACUUGCAUACUCCAUCAUCAAUGUCAGAUGAUGAGCUGGUGUCCUUAAUCGGUGGUGAAAAUUCAGUUGAUCUAGUGACAGUCUCUGUAGCUGUGCAUUGGUUCGACCUGGAAAGAUUUUACUCUCAGGUGAAGCGUCUGCUACGAAAGCCAGGAGGUGUGAUUGCAGUUUGGACAUACAAUAUCAUCCAAGUUAAUUCAGAAUUUGAUCCUUUAAUGUGGGGAUUCUACGAGAAAACACUUGCUUUCCAGAAACCAAAUGUAAAAUAUGCUUUUGAUUGUUACAGGACACUUCCAUUCCCUUUUGAAAGUGUAGGUGUGGGAUGCGAGGGGCAACCUGAGACAUUGGAGAUGACAAAGGAGAUGUCGUUUCAGGGACUUCUGGGAUUGAUGAGAUCAUGGUCAGCUGUAAAUACAGCUAAGGAACAAGGUAUGGAUUUGUUGUGUGAAAAUGUUACAAGGGAGUUUGAGAAGGCUUGGGGUGGCCGUGAAUUGGUCAGAACUGUCAUCUUCAAGACUUACAUGCUUGCAGGGAAAGUUAAGGUCUAAUUAAGUUUUCACUUUCAGUCUGAAAGCAGUAGCUCUAAUUCUUCUGAUUCAUCUGAUGGAUGGAAGCUAAAGUCUACUUGUUUCUUUUCCUUGAGCAAUAAUACAGAAUAAUUAAUGAUGUUUGGGUAAGCAGAGCAUGUGAGGAUGAUACUUGCCUUUGUUUUUGGUCUGAGCUUUUGAGGUGUAGCCAUACUUUCAAAGUGUAAUGGGCUUUGUCUUGAAUUAUGUACUGUUAUUUCUAUCAAUUAUAACUGCUCUUUUUUUAUUUAAAAAUAAAAGGAUAAAGAUAUGUAUAAUUUUUAGUGUA